AUGGCGUCCACAGAAACAAACUACCGCUCCGAGCUGUCGGGCUUCCGAUGGGCACAAGGAAGGACAGACGACUCGAGACCACAAAACGCAUCGGGAGGAAGCUAUCUCUCUACAAUCACUAAUAGUAUCUCAGGCUACGUGCCAUUACGGUCGAAUGAACGCACAAAUGAAGAGGAAGCCUAUCUGAGCUUAAGCAGAUGGGAGAGGUUCCUCGGCUUUCUAGCAUGCAUUGCUGGUGCAGCAGUAUGCUUCUUCUUCUCGUUCAUCUUCUUGUCACCGCCGAUCCUCGCAUUGCGGCCACAAAAGUUCGCACUCGCAUUCUCGCUCGGAAGCAUGCUGUUCAUGAUCGGCUUCUCCAUCCUCUCAGGACCAUUGGCGCAUCUCAAACACAUCUGCAGCAAGGAACGUCUGCCAUUUUCAGUCGCAUACUUCGGAUCGCUAGGAUUGACGAUCUACUUUGCAGUAGGACCACGCAAGAUGCUUCCUACACUCAUUUGUGCGAUCGUUCAAGUGGGUGCAUUGGCAACGUAUCUGGCAGCAUACUUCCCCGGUGGUACGACGACACUAAGGUACGGUGGAAGCAUGUUGAUGCGCGGUGGAGCUUCGUUGUUGCCGAUCUAA